GUCACCGAGGGUUGUCUCACCAGGGUGACCAACAUGGGGAGGGCACAGCGCCGUCAGAAUGAGGCUGCCGCGGACCAUGUGCAGGACACAUUCAGGGCCCACUCCCCUGUCUAUCGGUACCUGGUUGUCGGCCAGAAGGUCAACAACAAGGGGGUCAUGAUGCUCCGUUGCACGUUUUGCAACAAAGUUUUCCAAGGGACCCAGUUUCAGGCCACGAGACACUUCAGGCAGACAAACUACUGCAAGGACGUCAGCGACAAGGCGUUGUACGAGAUUGCUCGACGGACUCAACAGAAGUUCGAGGUCGAUCAGAUGGAGAGGGUUGCGCGGUAUGCGGCGGAGCGCGGACUCGAUGUGCCCGGCACGGGUGGUGCAAGGGGAGGAGAGGCGGGGCGGCGUCCGGCGGAGGGAGGGGUCGGGGGAGAUGGUGGGCAUGGUGCGGCAGACCCCACUUUGGGUGGUGGAGGCGGUGAGACGGAGGAGGGCGUGAUCCACGUGGAUUGCGAGGCGCGUGGCCCGGGCGAGGAGGGAGUCUCGGAAUGGGAGGACGUGCAUGAGGUUUAUCCAGGCACUAACGAGAGGUUGGAGGACUGGCGGAGGCGAGCAGGCAAGGGAGCUGCAGCGGAGGGGUCUUCCAAGAGGAAGGAAGGAGGGAGUGAUCCGGCUGCCACCCCAGCAGGGAAGAGGCUUUGCCAGCASAAGGUGACUGAUGUCUACGGUGGCGAUUCCCCGCGCGCAGUGUUCCCCAACCACUGCGAGAUUGCGAGUAUGAGGGCGGUGGAGACCCACCGUGCGGAGUUGGCGGAGGAGUUGGAGGAGGUGAGGCAGCCAUUCUGGGUGACUGGUGCCACCCUCCUCUCCGAUGGGAGGAAAUCACGAGACAGGAGACCGAUCGUGAAUUUCCUUGCUGCUGGCUCUCGAGGGGUCGUCGUGUACACGACGAUCAAUCGAGAGGGCGAGGCGGACGAUGCAGCUCACGUCCUUCGGAGAUGGGUUACCAUCUUCCACGAGUUCAGCUGUGGCGGGCCGCAGCGGAUCAAUGCGAUAUGCACUGACUCCGCUUCUGCCUAUGUGGGGGCUGCGAGGGCAUUGACCUCGCCAUCCAUGCCUCCUGCACUGAGGAGGAUCACUUGGCUCCCGUGCUCCGUCCAUGUCUGCAACAAAUUGUUGUCAGACAUAUGGACGAGUUGCGACGCGUUUGUGGACGCGAUCACACGCGCUCGUGUGCUGGUGGUGUUUUUCAAAACCCACCAGGUCGCUCUUCAUUUUUUUAGGACGCGCAGCCCCGGCAAGGGGCUUAUUCUUUCUUGCGAGACGCGGUUCGCGUUUGUGUACUCCAUGCUGGAGAGGCUGUUGGCCCUGCAGGACACUCUGCAAGACAUGAUGCGAGGGGACGACGCGCGGGCUUUUGCUUCCAUCCCGUGGUCUGCCGAUGUGUGCGUCAUGGUGCGUUGGGUGCGCCGACAGAUCAGAUGGGAUCCAUGGUGGCAGAGGGUGCUCACCAUCGUCCAUAUCAUGCAGCCUGCCAUGGAGUUGCUGAGGCGGAUGGAUCGUGGAGGACAGUACAUGUCCCUCAUGAUCGAGUGGACGCAGGAUCUUGUCCGCCGUGUCACGGUCGCAUGCGCCCCUUUGGGGAAGUCGUUCGCCGAGCGGAUCAUCAGGCGUGUGCAGGCUCGCACACAGCACAUGCUUGAGCCGGCUCACUGCGCAGGGUUCUUACUGAACCCCCGCAGGCGACACUUUCGCUACUUUUCGGGGCAGGUGGAGCGGUACGAUGCUUGGCUUGUGGGGCAAGCCAAGAGGUACAUUCUGACGCAGACGGGAUUCGAGUUGGAGGGUGCGGAGUACAUCCUUGCAUGUCGGCAGUUUGAGGACUUCCACAUUCAGCAGGGCAGGUUCGGGGAUUGGGGCAGGCCGGAGGGGCGUGCUCGUGGGCGCGCGUGCAGCGGCGACAGCGAGACGAUUGAGUGCGCGUCUUGGUGGUCUCAGUUCGGGUCGGGCGUGCCAGAGUUGCAGCGUUGCGCUCUUCGGGUGAUGCACAUGUGGUCUUGCGCCUCUCCAGCGGAGAGGAACUGGGCAGUCCACGAGGGCAUUCACACGAAGAAGCGCAACCAGUUGGCCUUCGAGAAGGUCGUGCAACUCGUUGAGGUCACCGCAAAUGUGCGGUUGACUGAGUAUCGGCGGGCUGGAUGCGGUUAUGUGUUGCCAUGGCAUCGGGACGAGAGCAUGAUGGAUUGUCAGGCAGGACUCGAGUUGGAGCCUGUGCGCUCGGGGACUCGUAGGGGGAUGACGGAGGAGGAGAUCGCCCGUCAGGUUGCACUUAUUACCCGGGAUCCCAUCGGGGCGUCCGCACCACCUUCGGCUGAUGCCGUUUUCGAUAGACGUGAUUGCAUUUUUCGUCCCUACCCCAGGGAGGACGACUCAGACAAGGAGUCAAUACCCGAGGCGGCAGAUGACCUUGCGCUCCGCAUUCCCCAGGAGAUCGACGAGACGCACGACGAUCCCGACUCCGAGGAGACGAGGGCACACACUUCACGACGGGCGGCGGGUCGGGCGGAGAGGGAGAUGCUGGGGGGAGACGAGGGCUUAUGGGGCCCAUUCGGUGAGGUCGCUUCCACUGGCGGCCCAGAGGCGCAGGCGACGACCCCCACUCCGACGAGGCGGGAUUCGUCCAUGCCGCCACCUCCUGCUCCGAGUCCUGCACCACCAUCGCCCGUCUCGCCACUUCAGCCGGACAGGGAGGAGUUGGGGUCUUCUUUGCCUCAACGCGGCCUUCUCCACAGAGGCGGGGCAGUCCGCCAGCUUAGGUUACGAUCACCUUCCCCGGGGAUAUUGCAGGAGGAGGGGGCACCUUCGGCGACAGCAGUGGAGAGUUCAGCGGGACCAACAGCGGUGUCGGACGCGACGAUCGCAGCCGCGGUGGAGGAGAUAGCAGCAGCAGCAGCAGCAUCAGUGCUGGAGGAGAUGGCAGCAUCAGUGCUGGAGGAGGAUCCACCAGCGGCAGGAGGAGGUGCAGCAGUGGAGGGGCAGGUGGCAGCAGCAGGAGGAGCAGGUGGAGGAGCAGCAGCAGUAGAGGUUGAGGUGGCAGCAGCAGUGGAGGAGGAGGAGGCACCGUUGGCAGCUGCAGUGGAGGAGGAGAUAGCCGCACAGGCCGAGGUGCAGCGUGGGGGCGAUGACGAGCGCCUCAUGCAGCAGUUCCUCACGGAGGAGCUCGAUCCGGCCAUAGCGGAGGAGGUCAGGCGUCGAGAGGUAGGGGGGGAUUGUGUGCAGUGGGUGGUGGCGGGGGAGGACAUCGCGGAGGGAGUGGCAGCAGAGCUGGUACCCGAGGCUAUGCCGGGUGGAGCAGAGGCAGCGGACGUUGUUGUGGAGGGACGGCCUCAGGCGGUGGAUGAGGCUGUGCAUGCAGGACAGCGACGAGUCGAGGGGCAGGAGACAGCGACGGGUCCAGUCGUUCCGUUCUCGGGCCUGCACUUGGCUCAGGCCCGACAGCCGCAGGCGGUUCAGAUGGCAGUGCAUGGUGUGCCACCGCCCGUUAUCACGGAUUUGGGGUCCGAGCCGGUGGUUGUGCCCCCACGUCUUCCUAGCCACUUUGCUCCGCAGGAGGUCCRUCGUCCUUUGGAUGCAGAGGAGUUGGCGAGAGAGGCUGUGCGCGAUGUCACUCGCUUGGACCGGCGGAUCUUCGACCGGAGGCUUCAGCACCCACCAUGGCAGACGAUCCCUUCGGUUCCAUGGGGUGAUCCAUCAUCGUCGCCCACAGGCAGAGGCUCUCGAUCCCCACACACGCCUGGGAGAUCUAGGAUUCGUGACACGACAGCAGUUCAACAGGACGUGUGUGACACGACGAUAUUCGGGAGGACAGAUAUAGAUUUGGAUUCCACCCGCCGUGUCACGGAGCACACUGCACGCCUUCAGCCGGGCUUGGGAGGAGGAGGCGCUAGGACGACCGCGGCGAGGGAGGUACCGGCAUCAGGUUGUGAGCCUCGACGAGGUCGUGGCAGAGGAGUGUCGACCGAGACCUUAGAGUACGCUCUGAGAGCAGCGAUGCGUGCCGUGCAGGAGCAGACUCCACGCAAGCGUGGAGUGCCUCCUCCUCCACGCCCCGUGCCUGCAGAGGGAGGCGCAGCAUUUGGAGAGAGUUCGAGGGCGGAGGGGUUGGGGAUGCCUCGUGGUUCCCGCCGUGAGCAGACCAUUGCAGAGGCUAGUGCGAGGGUUGUUGUGUUGAGGAAGGGAGGAGGCCCAGUCACCAUCGAGGAGGAUGAUCCUGAUACGGAUGCGGCUGUGUGGGAUGUGGACGAGUACUACGAGGGCGAGGAGGGGGGAGAGGAGGAUAGCAGGAGCGGUUCCGAUGGUGACGACGACGACGACUACGAUGAGCCCCCACCUCCCCCAGGACCCCCACCGACGCGUGCAUCUAGACGCUCCGCUGCACGGACUUCUUCAUCCUCACGAGGGAGGAAGAAGUCGACAUCCGGCACUCGAGGGGGCACGAGGAGACACAACGGGAAGGGGAAGAAGGGUCGUUGACCGAUGAGGCCAACACUCUACUUCUCCCCUACUCGCACUGUACGUCGUCACCUUGUGCGAUUGUAGUUUUUUUG